GAGCUACAGUAGUUAACUUACAGCGGUUCAUGAGGAGCAUAGAAAGUACAGGAAAACAUGAACAGAGGUGCAACUACAAAGAAAAUACAGUGUUACAGUGGUGCUGGUAUGAUGGGCAGGUACAGGUGGAGAAGUAUGCUCCUGCAGGCUGUGGUGCUCCUUCUUCUUGGGGCUCCUCAGGCGCUCACCGAAGGCCUUCCCGACGACACCGCCUCACUGGGUCCGUCUGGGGCUCCACAGGUCCGGAGUCUCGACCAGGCCAUACAGUCACUCACAGAUGGCUUGAAAUUCGGAGUCAGAAAGGACAAGGCGAGAGGUCCGGCCGCUGGAAGCGCUACCGGAACCCCGGACAUCGAUUUAAAAGAUGUUUCGCCUUUCGGGAGCUCUAACAGUUCCUCCAGAAUCAAAAGACAAUGUGUUUUCCCUCCCUGUGGAGCACCAGCGCAGCCUCCGGCAUACCAGCAUGUCUGUCCACGCGCCACGCCGCUGCCCAGCCACUACAGCCCGUUGGAUCAACUGAAGCACAUCGUCAGGUAUCAAAGACCCGGGUGCAUUAACGAAGACUGCGCCAAGAGGUGCAGGGGCAAGAGUCCACGUCCAGAAUGCCAGUUUGACUUCGAGAUGUUGUCUGUGCGCCUCGCCGCGCUGGAGGCCCGCCUGCUGGAGCUGGAUAAGGUGGAGACCAGGAUCAAGGUCCACGCCAGCCUGCUUCUGAGGAUUCAAAAUAAUCCGAAUUUCCCUGGGCAGCGAGGUGAGCCAGGGCCCCCUGGACCUAAGGGACAGAAAGGAGACAAGGGGCUCUUAGGAAGCAUCGGAGUCCCUGGAACUUGCACCAUCUCCUCCUCCGCUUCCCCUCCGGCAGGUGCUGUGGGGGUUCCUGGAAAUAAAGGCGCUCCUGGCCAUCCAGGGGACAAGCGCUGCGGGUGUGACGGCGAGCCAGGGGAAGGUGGCGCCCCUGGCCAGACCGUCAAGGGGCCACCUGGGCCAACGGGUGCCAAGGGGCUCAAGGGAAUACGGGGCCCCAACUCUUAACCAGCUCCGGUAAAAUUGAGUGUGCAGUGAUCCAGUCAAACUCCCUUUGAGCCCCACUAGAUUCAACUACUUAUUUGCCCGAGGAAUAGCUAUUGCUGGCCGCCCUGACAGUUUCACGUAUUUAAGAAGUUUUCAAGAAGGCACAAAAUAUUUUCAUCUACCGUAGUUCAUUUAGGCUAACACAUAAUAGUCCUCUUUUGUCAAACCACUUUUAAUUACCCAAGUAAAAUUCUAGGUCAUGAUAUGACUCCUCUUUCACAGUAAAGACUUUUUUUUCCUGUUUGCUCUCAUCUUUAGUAUUGCAGGUCUUUAGUAUUGCUAUAAUAUUAACAAUUAAUGUCUUGCUACCUAGUAAAAAAAAUUUUUUAAUAUGUUAUUCAACUAUAUGAACAUCAAUUUGUCAAACAUGUUGGCAACAAACGAGAGCAAGAAUAUUGAACUUGAAUUCUGAUUUGAUAUCUAUCUAUUGCCUGUGACUCAAUUAUGACCCGUGAAAGGUGGCUUCAAGAGGAGAAGGAUGUCUGCCAUGGUUAUGGAGACACUCUCUAGAACCAAGACUUUAUUAUCAUUAGUGUUGAGGAGUAUUUCUAAUGUUUCCUUUGUGAAGCUACGGGAGUGACAAGCUGGGAAGGGAACUUGAAGGGAGCUGUCUGGAUCAAUAGCUUGCAUCUUCCUUGUGAAGGGAGAUUUUUGUAAUGGACUAAGAAGGUAUCAUUCACAUCACCUGGAAACCGUCUCCCACACCUGUCAGCUGUCACCCACACCUGGAAGCUGACUAACUUUCAGAAGAUGGCGAAAUAUUUUCAUAUUAUUUUAAGUCAAUAAACAUUUCAACAUAAAA